UAAUGCAACUGCUCCGUUUGUGGGCUGUGCUACUAUUUGGGGGAUUGUGCUUACUUGUGACAGUCGAAGCAUCGCUCGUAAAAUGUUCCUGUGAGCCAGGCCCAGAAGGACCUCGCGGUCCACCUGGCUCUCGUGGAUUCCCGGGUCUUAUCGGUUUCCCCGGCAGGGAUGGACCACGCGGAUUACCGGGCAUACCAGGCCCCCCAGGUGCUCCAGGAGCUGGUUGGUAUGGUUCACCAGCCUACAACUUUCGACCAGUACCUGGACCGCGUGGCUUACCUGGACCUCCGGGUCCACCAGGAUUCUGUUUCCCUUGCCCCUUCAGUCCAUUCCGCACAGGAAUAAAUGGGGUUGGACCAGGACCAGGGCCAGGACCUGGGCCAGGUCCUAUGGGUGGGUCAGGCUUAGUUCCUUGGGGCCCUCCUCCAGUACCGCCGCUAAUAGCACCUCAAGCGGGUCCCAGUUCAGCUGGUUUGGCUCCCCAAAUAGCGGCGGGUAAUAUUGUUAUGCUGCCGGCCAGUGGAGAUGGUAGUCCUGGUUCUUCUCAUGCAAAGCUAUUCCGCAUCAAUCCCGAUGGCACACUGCAGCCACUUGAACUACCAAAAGAACUGGGAAAUGAAUUCUUUAAUGAGUUAGGUCCGGCACCGACCACCGUCAAGGCGCCCGCAUCGAUAACGCCACCGACUACUUUGUCGCCCAGCUCCCAAACACCCACGGCUCCCACGCCGACGGAUAGUGCUAGUCAAACUACACUACCACCAGAGGGCCUGGACGAGACCUUGUUUGCCUCAAGCAUUGAUCCUAAUACUGGGCUACGAGGCACUUCCGAUUUGAACGAUUGGCGUCGUGUUGUGCUGCUGGGGGAACCCCCCUCCGGUUUUCCUUCCAGCCUCGGCGUUAAUGGCGAAGGUCAAGCCGAGCAGCGAUACCCAUCUAACCAACUAGAGAGCAACAUGGAGGACUUCCAACGUGCUCUGGCUGAGCUACGCGAAAAAUACGCCUCGCUAGUGCAGUCGCGUAACGGUGGCAGCCGAUAUGCCGUGAUUCUCUAAAAACUGUCUUCCUUUAGCCAUACAAUUCCGCUACAAUUGUCCUAUAACUAUUCUUAGAUAUAUGUAUAUACACAAUAAAACGUACUGAUAAUCUGUAA